UGUUGUCUCUCGAUCCUUGUCCACUUUCCAAACAGAUCUGUGUGCUUGCAUUGACGUCAAAGCUGCAGGCUGGAUGUAUAAAACCCUCCGUCCUCUCCAGACACCGCGCUCACUGGGACUUUUUCCUGACUCUGCUCCGACCUGAGAUCCGCAAAGUUCAGCUGCAGCAUCUGCAGAGAACAAAGACAUGAAGCCAGUCCCCCUUCUCCUGCUCCUCUCCUCGGUCCUCCUCUCAUCACACCUCCACCCCGCCGCCGGCAGACCUCGCUCCCUCCCCGGCUGGCUGGAUGGUCGCCUCCAGACGCAGCAACUGGAAGAGGUGCUCCUCAGAGCGGCCGCCGCCGGGGACAGCACCGCGUCCGAGCUGCUCAGCGAGAACAUCCUGAAGUUAAUCCAAAGCCGGAACCAGGAGCAUCUGACCCUGCUCACGCCAGUGGAGGAGGAGACCGAGGACGAGGCGGUGAGGGCGGCGGCGGCGCAGCUGCUGCUGAAGCGCAGCGAGGAUCCGCCGCUGUCCAUCGACCUGACCUUCCACCUGCUGAGGAAUAUGAUCCAGAUGGCGAAGAUGGAGAGCCAGAGGGAGCAGGCUCAGCUCAACCGCAAAGUCCUGGACGAGGUCGGGAAGUAAAAAGCUCUUUUUGUCUUUUAGAGAAAAUAAAAUGCCUCAUUACAGCAGCAGCCUCCUCACUGCUGUCUCCUUCAAGUAUUCAAGACCUCUGACAUUAGUUGUUGUUUGUGCGCCUGCCUUCCUCUCCUCGACGCUUUACGCACACAUGGUGCCAAAUUACGCACCACAGCAAAAUGUUCAUCCACGUUUUAUUUAUUAAGGACUUUGUUGGGAAACAUGGAACAUGGACUUCUCUGACCCCUCACCUCUCCACCUUUACCUCUCUCUCUCACACACUCACACACACACACACACACACAAAUCUCCACUCUGGACUUUGGGAAACUUUCCUAUCCACCACUGGAUCAAACAUUUGGACACUUUAGAGCUGAGCUGUUCCUCCUGUGUUGAUCUGAUCUGAUGUUUUGAUGUUUGAGGGAAAAAUUACAGAUGAAAAGUUUCCAAAUUGAAUAAAUCAGAGAGUAAAUCAAAUAAUUUCAAAGGUUUAAAGCUUCUUUGUUAAAUUACAGUCUGACUUUAAAUGAAGUCAUGUUUGAAUCGGACAUUUGUGGAUGAUGUUCAGAAUAUUUGACCUCUUUAGAAAUCAGAUUCAAGGUGUCUUGGUUGUAACAAAGAUGGCUCAAAUAUUGUGGAUAUAUAACCAGGAAGAAUUAAGAGGAAGUCUUAAAAGAUAAAGAUCAUAUUAUUGCUUCACAUGCUGAUGUCUGUGAAGGUUCUCAGUCAUCCAGGUCAUGGUAAUCCAAAGCUUGAUCCGUAAGGCAACUGGACCAGUUUCUACCAGUCCAGUUGCCUUAUGGAUCAAGCUUUGGAUUCACAUGCUGUUGGCGUUUAAAAGUUUCAAACCUCUCUCUGAUUUCUGUUCUUCUGAUCAUCCUUCCCGUCAUGAGAUAAUCUGGAAACACCGCUUGUGUUUAAUUUUCCAUCCUCACCUGUCAGCCCUCCCCCCCUCCUGAGAUCCUCUCCUCAGUCCUUUGGUUUGAGCAGGAGCACUAUCACCUGUACUGUAUCUACUGUAGCAUGCUAAUCUACAAAAAAAAAAAAGGAAGAAAAACAGCUUUAUUUUCCCGUCAGCGUUCAUGUCCGACAUCGAUCAAAGUGUCUUUGUUUUAGCAAGAGAAAGAAAAAAGCUUU